GGGGGUCAUGAGGGUCGGAGUUCUGGCCAAAGGCUUGCUCCUUCGUGGAGACAAGAACGUCAACCUGGUCCUCCUUUGCUCUGAAAAGCCCACAAAGAGCCUCCUCACGUGCAUCGUGGAGAACCUCCCAAAACAACUCACAAUAGUGACUCCAGAAAAAUAUGAGGUGAAGGCCUUGUUGCAGGAAGCUGCCAUCAUUCUGACAUCUUGCAGCGAGCCAAAAAUGCAAGUGACAAUCACUUUGACUUCACCUGUGAUCAGAGAUGAAACUGGCCCUGAAGGAGAUGUAACCUCGGGUAUGGUGAAAGACCCAGCGGACGUCUUGGACAGGCAAAAAUGCCUUGACGCUCUGGCUGCUCUGCGCCACGCUAAGUGGUUCCAGGCUAGAGCCAAUGGUCUUCAAUCCUGUGUGAUCAUCAUCCGAGUCUUGAGAGACCUCUGCCAACGAGUUCCUACAUGGUCACCUUUCCCUGGAUGGGCUAUGGAGCUGCUGGUUGAGAAGGCCAUUAGUAGCGCCUCUGCCCCCCUCAGCCCUGGUGAUGCUCUCAGACGAGUCUUUGAAUGUAUUUCUUCUGGGAUUUUACUCACUGGUGGACCAGGCCUGUUGGAUCCUUGUGAGAAAAAGCCUGUGGAUACCCUCACACCCUUGGGAGAGCAACAGAGAGAGGACAUUACGUCCAGUGCUCAGUUUGCUCUGAGGCUGCUGGCCUUUCGUCAGAUCCAUAAAGUUCUGGGUAUGGACGCUCUGCCUCAGACGAACCCCCGCUUCAGCGUUCGUAACAGCCGCAAGCGGCGCCGGGACAACAGCGAUGGGACGGACAGUUUCGAGGGCGAAGGCAAAAAGGACAAAAAGGAUUAUGACAGUUUUUAAGCUUUUUUUCAUUUUAAUUUAAAAAUAUUCUACGAUGUAGUAAAAUGUUCUCUGCCUGUUGAUCUGUGUGCUCCUAACCUUUCCUCUGAAGCUUCGGCAUAAACUCAAACCCUCAGAACCGACCCGUACCUGUUCAGUUCUGUCGGAAGUCAAGUCAUAGGAUGUAGACGGACAGGGAGAAGCCACAUUCAUGUGUUGCAUCCAGAGCUUCUGUGUUGUUGAUGUUGUAGUGAAACAGGACAGCUGAGCAGUGUUUUAUUAUUAUUAAUAAUAGUUUAAUGUUUAACGCCGUGGUCUUUUUGCGUUUCAGAGCUUAAAGCUAAAACGAGUAAUUUCACGUGGACUCUAAGGGUUCUGAGCUAUGAAUAUAUCUUAAUAAGUUGUGUAUUUGUCAGGCCUAAAAUAUGCGUUUGUUUUUAAUAAUCAGAUUGCAUAAGAAUAUAUUUAAUGUAUAUUCAGAGGAAAAAGUUUGAUUUAGAUCUUUAGCUGUUUUUUGUGGAAGAUGUCACAUCUAAUACUGUUUUAGUUUCUCAUUUGUUUCCUACUAAAAGUAAAUAUCUGCUUGCUUGCCUUUUAAUCUUGUUUUAUUGCGAAUUGAAGUUUAAAACCCUGGAAGUAAGGAUACAGACCAUGAGUGGGUUAAGGAGGAGCAGGUCCUUUUCGAUCCUGAAUGUUUGCUUCUGUGUUCCAGUG